ACAACCAUUGAUUAUACUUAAAAUGGCCGGUUGCCGAUAAUACAGUUGUUGAUUUUGUUCACUGGUUUAUUCUCCUAGCCUGUUUUAAAAAGGGCAAUGUUAAAACCAUCCUUGAAAUGAGCCUUAUUUAAAUAGUAUAUUUGAAAAAAUUAAGAAAUGAGUAUUCAAUCUGAUAAAAGAAAUUUACAAGAUGGUUUCUACAAUAAUAGCAUCGUUGCUCAGCAAAAUGGUAUACAGAACUCUAAUGAUAAAAAUAUCUCUAACGUAAAUGUUCAAUAUCCAUUAAUUCAUAAUCAAAAUUAUUUAAAUCAAGGUAUACCUAAUGGGCAUCAUUUAAAAUACCCUAACCAAGAAUUGAGACCAGUUCUGGGAAUAAAUCCAACUAUGAAAACUUCUUCAAUACCUACUUUUGAAGGUACACCUACUUAUUUAUCUAAUGGUCAACGCUUUCAGAGUGCUCCUCCACCACAAACAGUUCAACAAACACAAAAUGUUUUACCGCCUCAAAUUGCUCAACUCCCACAAAUUAAUUCACAUCCAGUUUUGCAACAGAAUAAACUAGUACACCAACAGACUCAAUUUGUACCACAUCCAGCAAGUCCAAAUGCAACUAACUUUUCAAUACAGAAUCAAACUGAAAAUUUAAAUGUAGCAAAUAAUAUAACACAGCAUCAAACUCAGUCUGAAAAUUUAAUUCAAUCAAGUACAAGUAAAAGACGUGUUUAUCCUCAAGAAGCUGCUACCAAUGUACAAAGUUUGCAUGGGCAUCUUAAACCUAACAUAUACAAUAAUCAGCCAGGUCAAAAUUUUAACUUAUCAAAAGGUUCGCCACUGACAAAGCAAAAUGAUUCCAACAAAAUGAAUCAAUCUCCAAAUGCAAAAAAUUUAAAUCAAGUCAAUACAUUGAUGAGCAGGCUAACUGUUGAGCAAUCACCUACGUAUCCCGUGAAUCUUUUAGAACAACGUCAAGUAAUAACACCAAAACCCUUUUCUCCUCCAAAACCUCCUAUUGCACCAGAAUUAAUAAAGAAAAAUGCUAAUCCAAACAUAUUGAGAUGUACAUUUAAUGCAAUUCCUCAAACAUCUUCUCUGCAAAAGCAAUGUAAACUUCCAUUUGGUAUUCAUAUUCAUCCGUUUAAGGAAGGCACAGAUAUGCCUAUAGUUUCAUCUGUUAUAACAAGAUGCAGGUCUUGUAGAUCUUAUUUGAAUCCAUUUGUUUCAAUACCAGAUCAUAGAAGAUGGCAAUGCAACAUGUGUUUUCGAUUGAAUGACAUACCAGAUGAAUUAAAUUAUGAUGUAGCAACUGGUCAGUAUAAUGACAUUCGUAGACGUCCUGAAUUAAACUGUGCUUCCAUAGAGUUCAUUGCACCUUCUGAAUAUAUGUUGCGUCCACCACAACCUUCAAUUUUUAUUUUUGUUUUUGAUGUAUCUCACAAUGCUUUAUCCACAGGCUAUUUAAAACAUUCAUGUGAUGUAUUAAUUCAAAAUCUUGAUGCACUACCUGGUGAUUCGAGGACCAUGAUUGGUUUUAUAACAUUUAAUAGUGUUAUUCAUUUUUAUAGUUUAAAAUUGUCACAAAGCCAACCUCAAAUGUAUGUUGUAUCUGAUUUAGAUGAAAUUUUUUUACCUGUUCCAGAUGGUCUCAUGGUCAAUUUAAAAGAAAACAAAGAGAUGAUUUUACAAUUGCUAACUACAUUACCAACUUCUUUUGAAAAAGUUUAUGACACCCACUCUGCAACAGGUGCAGCAAUAAAUGCAGCAAAGAGCUUGAUAUCUGCUACUGGAGGAAGAAUUACAUUAUUUCAAACAUGCUUACCUAACAUUGGUCCAGGAAAAUUAGUUCCACGAGAAUUAGCAUCCAUGUCCUCUGAUAGUAAAGACACCCAGUUCUUAAACCCAUCUACUGAUUUUUACAAGAGGUUUUCAUUGGACUGUGCUGGAGAGCAGAUUGCUGUUGAUUUGUUUUUAUUAUCUAGUCAAUAUUCUGAUCUUGCAUCACUCUCUUGUGCACCUCGGUAUUCAAGUGGUGCUAUUCACUAUUUUCCGGACUUUCAUUCUACAAAAAACACAGAAAUGCUGCAGAAGUUUUUGCAUGAUUUUAAACGUUACCUAACAAGAAGUAUAGGAUUUGAAGCUGUCAUGAGGCUUCGUUGCACUAAAGGUUUAAGCAUUCACACGUUUCAUGGUAAUUUUUUUGUUCGCUCGACUGAUUUGUUGUCUCUACCUAAUGUGAAUCCAGAUCAUAGCUUUAGUAUGCAAAUGUCAAUUGAAGAAUCUCUCACAGAUUCAACAAUGGUUAGUUUUCAAGCUGCACUUCUUUAUACUACAGUAAAAGGAGAACGUCGUAUUAGAGUGCAUACUCUUGCAUUACCAGUUACUUCAAAGUUAAGUGAUGUUUAUGCCUAUGCUGAUGAAGAAGCUAUCCUUUGUUCUCUUUCUAAGCUUGCUGUUGACCGAACUCUUAUGUCAUCACUUGGAGAUGCAAGAGAGGCUCUUAUGAAUGCUUGCAUUGAUUGUUCCAAAACUUAUCGAAGUGAACUGUCUGGACAAAAAGAUUCUCAAGGUGUCAUUAUGCCACAUCAUUUACGUUUGCUUCCUCUCCAUGUGUUGGCGUUAAUGAAAAAUGUUGCAUUUAAAUUGGGUAAUGUAUCUUUGGAUAGUCGUGUUUUCUUUUUGCUAGAAUUUAAAUGGCAAUCUUUAUUUGAAACAAUGAUUAGCACCUACCCAAGACUCUAUUCAGCAUUAGAUUUCCUUGAAGAACAUGAUGAAAGUUAUUCUGGUCCACCAAUACUUCAUGCAUCAGCUGAAAGAUUGAGUAGGCAGGGUGUCUACAUUUUGGAUAAUUGCAAAAAAUUAUAUAUAUUCGUUGGAAGAGAUACCCAAGAUAGUGUAGUUCAGUGUCUAUUUAAUGUAUCCAAUAUUUCUAUGGUUCCAGAAUUAUCAAGUCGUUUACCAGAAUUGAAUAACAACUUGAGCUUAAAGAUCAGAAAGUUUAUUGAAGAUUUAAGAAAAGACAGACCAUUUUAUUCUCCAUUAGAAGUUAUUAGGGAAGAUGGUAAACACCGAUUCUUGUUUUUGAGCAAUUUAAUUGAUGAUCGAACAGAAUCUUCUAUGUCUUACAUCGAAUUUCUCCAGCAUAUCCAAAGACAAAUGAACAGUUAAUUUUAACGUCGUCGCCUUUUUAACAAUUAUGCACCAUCCCCUUUUCUUGUCGCUCUAUAAACCUUUUUUAUCAAGUCGUGUCGUGUUGCUUUUUAAAUUUUCCUUUUCUAUUACCACGCAAGGUUUCAUAGACUUGGAUAUUUAAGCCCGAGCAGUGAUAGCUAACUUGAAAAUUGAACUAAUUUAUUGAUUUUUUAAUUAUUUACUUUUCUGAACAAGUUAAUGGAUUGACAUGUUAAAAGUUUGUUCUCUUUUUAUAUAUUUUCGUUAAUAUAUAAAACAUUACAAAUAUUUUAUUUAAAUUUUUUCUCGUUAUAUGACAUUAAAAUAUAUUUAAUUACGUUUUUAUUGGAAUAUGGUUUCUUCAUUUUCUUUUUAAAAGACAUUAUUAUGCGAUAUUGCAGCUGAAUUUUUUAGUAUUUGUGAAACCUGAAUAUUGUAAAAGCUAAUAUUAAAUAAAUUUAUAGUAAAA